CUCGUGACCUCCACCCGGCCGUGGACGAACUCUACACUACAGUCUUUGCCCCGCGUUGAUGCAACGUUGGCCAGCCCAUUUCCUUUUCCUUCCCCGCAUGCGAAUAAUGUUUCCCGGUUUGUCGCAACCUUCGAGCACCGGAGCCCCUCAUGGAGAGAAUGACGCGGCAAUGUUGAGAUGUGCCGAUCUAUCCGACGUGCUGGAUGUACUGUAACCCAACACAUUCGUAAUCCGGCUGGAUCCACCCAGUCAAUUCAAAGGUGGAGUGACCUUUUCUCUAUGACGUCUCGGGAUACGCUAGACCAUAUGCCGAAUCGAAACAAUGCCAUCGUAUGAGCGACUCUCCGGGUACAAGGUCUAGUACAGGAUCUUGCGUGAUGGAAAAGACGAACACGCGUGCAUAUAUCUACUGGAAGACCGUCAAGCUUUUCUUGGCUCCAGCAUCUUUGUUGCUUAAACUCUCGAAGCUUCUUUAGCCGUAACCCAUCAACCACAUCUAUGAUCAGUGCAGUACGGGCAUCCCAACGGUUGGACUCGCGGGGCAAUCCGACUGUCCAGGUCGAAGUCGAAACCAAUUCAGGCAUAUUCCGCGCUCUGGUUCCGUCAGGAGCGUCAACCGGGCAGCACGAAGCUGUAGAGCUGCGUGACAAGGAUGCAUCCGUGUAUGGCGGCAAAGGCGUACUGAAAGCAGUUCAAAAUGUUCGUGAAAUCAUUGGCCCAGCCUUAAUCGAGAAGAAGUUCAAUCCGCAGACCCAACUCAAGGAGAUUGAUCAGUUUAUGCGCGAUUUGGACGGUACCCCAAAUAAGGCUCGGCUCGGCGCGAAUGCCAUUCUAGGAGUGAGCAUGGCUUGCGCUAGGGCUGGCGCUGCAGCAGAGGGCCUCCCUCUAUAUGAGUUCCUCCGCCGAGAGGCUGGUGCUUCGGGACCAUACGUGAUGCCUGUGCCUUUCUUCAACGUCCUCAACGGAGGCGUGCACUCGGGAAAUACAAUGGCCUUCCAAGAGAUCAUGCUCGCGCCUGUGGGUGCGACUUCAUUCGAGGAAGCGAUGCGUAUGGGCUCUGAGGUCUAUCAGACCCUCAAGAAGGUUAUUUCGGAGAAGUAUGGUGCGCCUGCUACCGGAAUUGGCGACGAGGGCGGUUUCGCACCACCAAUCACGCGCCCCGAGGAAGCCUUGGAUCUUCUGGAGACUGCAGUCGAGAAGUGCGGCUAUACUGGCAAGAUCAAGUAUGCGAUGGAUCCGGCAUCAUCGGAAUUCUUCCGCGAAGAUGGCGACUAUGACCUUGGCUUCAAGGACAAGACGCCCAAUGUCGUUUCGCCGGCUGGCAUGCAGGAGCUGUAUAGUCGCUUGAUGACCAAGUACCCCAUCGUUUUGCUUGAAGACCCAUUCGCCGAGGAUGACUGGCCUACCUGGACUGCAUUUAACAAGACGUGUCCCAUCGAGCUCGUCGGCGAUGACCUGCUGGUUACGAACGUCGAGAGAGUGCGCAUGGCGAAGGAGAAGAAGGCUUGCAAUUCCAUGCUUCUCAAGGUAAACCAGAUCGGAACCGUGACUGAAGCUAUCGAAGCCGCGAAUCUUGCCUUCAGUCUUGGUUGGGGUGUCUUCGUCUCUCAUCGCUCGGGAGAAACAACGGACGACUUCAUUGCCGAUAUCACAGUGGGACUAGGCACCGGCCAUCUAAAGUCAGGGGCGCCCUGUCGUGGUGAGAGGGUCGCAAAGUAUAAUCGUCUCAUGGACAUUGAGUCGCAGUUGAAGGCGGCCGGUAAGGAGUGUCUUUAUGCUGGAGAGAGCUUCAGUUUUCCUUCCAAGCUCUCAUCUUAAACCGGGGAUCGCGGGCAUUUGACAUCGGGUUUGGUUGAGAUAGAAGUGUAAAGUUAGCU